GUCAGAAGGAGCCAGAGUCUAGGAUUUAGAAUCUUCUGGAGAACCGCAAGUCGCUUGCCUUUGCAGCAGUUUUUGCCACUUCCUCGCACCAUUUUUCCUGAAUGUCACAUUGUCAUUCUUCUUACUGUAGACAGUCAAAUCCACGGUGUCUUUUAGCGUGACUUGAUAUCUUGUGAGAGAUUCUUUGCGCCGCAGAAGAGUUGCACAAUGUCGUCCAUGACCAUGUCGCGAUCAGUAGCGCUCAGUGGACCAAGCGCCUGUGCGGCAGCAGACCUGAGGGCCUCUAGCUUGAGCAGUAAUUUGGCAACCACUCCGAGCCCUGUUGGCCAGAGGUUGCCUAUGUUGGGGUUCUCGGGUAGCAAGCAGAAUUGUUCAAGGAGAGCCUGUCGAGUGGUGUCUGUUCGGGCGCUCACCAACAAUGAGGUUGAUAUCGAGAAGGUUCAGCCAAUGGGUGAUCGAUUGUUUGUCCGUGUUGAUGACGCACCACAGGCCACAGCAGGAGGCAUUCUGCUUCCAAAGUCAUCAACGUCAAGCGAAAAGUUUCUUCUGGGGGAGGUGUUGGCAGUGGGCAAGGAAGCUAGCGGGGCAUAUAGCAAGGGGCAACGAGUGCUCUUCACGGAUCUGCAUACACAAGAGGUUAACCUGGGCUCGCGGAAGGAUAAGCUUGCCUUUGUCAAAGCUAAGGACCUCUUGGGAGUCGUCGAAUAGGUGCAGUCGUUUUAUAUGUAGGGACACUUUUUGGUUGUUUGAAUAUCGGACUUGCAAACAAAGAAACUUAAAAUUUCUUGCGGCUCCCAGCUGGCCCAUCAUUUCUCGGCCGCUCAGGGUAAAAACAUCUAUAUGGAAACCAGGUGUCGACCUGCUCCGCUUCUUGUUUGAAGAAAUGGAUCCAUUCUGAACAUAGGUACACUUACCAAGAGACCAGGAGCAUUGAGAAUCUUGGGACAGUUAACCACGACACGAGAUCGAAGCAUUGCCAAAUAUUUGAGUCAGAAUCAGUUGAUCGAAACCCGCAAUUGUACCCACGGUCUGUUUGUUUACAGAUCAAAAUCUCAAACAACCAAAGGAUGGCCGAAACUCAAGAUGUACAUCUGCAGAAGUAUCUCAAGCUAUCAAUCAUAAAUCGAAAGAAGCGAUGCUUACAAGCGAUCUGGUCGAUAACCAAUUGAGG